AAAGCGCAUUUGUAACGCGGGCGACAACGUGCCCGAAAUCCCCGGACGGUGGGUCUGCAUCGAGACCCCGAGCUCUGGAGCUGGAAAAACCCGGGUAAGUUCCAGCUCUGUCAACUGGAAGCCGAGGCGAAUGCAGGGACCUGGAUGAGAGUCAGGUUUCUUUUCUCAAAGUGAGGGUAUCAAUAAUGACUGCUUCAUGGCGUUGGUUUAAAACUUUAAGUCACCACCUGUAAAGCAAACAGCCGACUGUAGGCUACUAAGCCAUGAGCGGACUGCUGCUGUUAUAUUUAGAAGACACUUUGUUCCAUUCGUUGGCUGCCAUACCUCACAACCACAUCUGCAUUAAAUAUAACUGAGGCUCAGGUCACAAGCUAGCAGUGAGGGAGCUGGGGUUCAAAGGCAGGUGUGAUUUAUUUCCCGUUUCAGGCGCUAAUAUCACACCUGCCUAAAACCAGCAUUGCAGCCUUCACAGCACUUAGCAGAAUGGCAUGUCCCCAAAUACUCAGGGAGUGGUUGUAGAUGGAAUCUUACCAUGUGUCAAAUGUAGUCUGGAUUUCUGGUGUGUCUUCAGAUCUCUUGGGACAGGUUCCUGGCCCCUUCUGCAUUGUCAGGGUGUCUCUCUUUUAAGUCUGAUGUAAAGAAUUCUAAGAGUCAGAUUUUUGCCACUAACAUGGUUUCUCAGGUCAGGUCGCAGGCUCCUUGAACAGAGCAGCCCUUGCGAGGUGGGAAGCAGGGGUCUCUGUGAACAGUUUUACCUGGAAGAGAACACCCCUCAGACCUAGACCUCCCGAGCUUCAGAGCAGAGGCAGAAGAGCCCACAGAGGAGCAGAUCCUAGAUGUGUAUGGUCAGAAGCAGUUCUUGAUCCUCCUUCCCAGAACGAGCCAGACUUGGUGAAGCCUCCAGAAGCCACCACACAAUGGGUGACAGUGGGUGGUUUGGGCCAGCUUUGAGAAGAGCAAAAUGGGCUAGGUGGUGGCCAGGGACAGGCUGCUCAGGAAAGGCCGCAUCAUUGCAUAGGUCUGAGGGUAGGGGUAACCGGAGAUUCUGUCCCCAGAUCCCAAAGUAGCCCCCAGUCCCUUUGUUCUCCACUCUUUACAGAUGCCAGACUGCUGUUAACAUAUGUGACACUGGAGACUUUGUCCCUACCUCAUAGAAUCCCAGCAUGAUGAUACAUGAAGGGUUUUCCGUGGCUAUCUACUUCUGAUUCUUUUGAAAGCUUUAAAGACAUUGGGCAUGAAAGGUUCAGUGAGUUUCCGGGGAUCCCUCGUUUGUGGUAGAGCCAGGAGAAAAACAGUUCCGUUCAUUCUUUCACAGCUGAGGCUUUACAGUUCUCUAUACUCUCCCAAGAGCCACAGAAAAUGGACACAUUUCAGGACGUGACUGUGGAAUUCAGCCAGGAGGAGUGGCAGCACAUGGGCCCUGUUGAGAGGACCCUGUACAGAGAUGUGAUGCUGGAGAACUACAGCCACCUCGUCUCAGUGGGGUACUGCUUUACAAAACCAGAACUGAUCUUCACAUUGGAACAAGGAGAAGAUCCAUGGUUAUUAGAGAAAGAGAAAGGAUUUCUAAGCAGGAACUCCCCAGAAGACUCCCAACCUGAUGAAAUCUCAGAGAAGAGCCCAGAAAAUCAAGGCAAACAUUUGUUGCAAGUUUUAUUCACCAAUAAAUUAUUGACUACAGACCAAGAAAUUUCAGGAAAACCACAUAAUCGAGACAUAAACAUUUUUCCUGCAAGAAUGAUGCCUUGUAAAUGUGACAUUGCGGGGUCUGCUUGCCAGGGGCUCAGCCUGAUGGCCCCACACUGUCAGUAUUCAAAAGAAAAGGCUCAUGAGCAUAAUGUUUGUGACAAAUGGCUCAUCAGUAUUAAGGAUGGCAGAACUAACACUCAAGAGAAAUCUUUCGCUUAUAGUAAAAUUGUGAAAACCCUCCAUCAUAAGGAGGAAGUUAUUCAACAUCAGACAAUUCAGACUCUGGGGCAAGAUUUUGAAUAUAAUGAAAGUAGAAAAGCUUUUCUUGAAAAGGCUGCCCUUGUUACAUCUAACAGUACCCACCCAAAAGGAAAAUCUUACAAUUUCAAUAAAUUUGGGGAAAACAAAUAUGAUAAAUCAACCUUUAUUAUUCCUCAGAACAUGAAUCCAGAGAAGAGUCACUAUGAGUUUAAUGAUACUGGAAAUUGUUUCUGUAGAAUCACUCACAAAACUCUCACAGGAGGGAAAUCCUUCAGCCAAAAGUCACACAUUAGAGAACAUCAUAGAGUUCAUAUAGGGGUGAAACCCUUUGAAUAUGGAAAAAGUUUCAACCGUAAUUCAACCCUCCCAGUGCAUCAGAGAACUCAUGCAACAGAUAAAUACUCUGAUUAUCACCCAUGUACAGAGACAUUCAGCUACCAGUCAACUUUCAGUGUACGUCAGAAGGUUCACAUAAGGGCAAAACCCUAUGAGUAUAAUGAAUGUGGGAAAUCCUGCUCUAUGAAUUCACACUUGAUUUGGCCUCAGAAAAGUCACACAGGAGAGAAACCCUAUGAAUGUCCUGAGUGCGGGAAAGCCUUCAGUGAGAAGUCACGCCUAAGAAAACAUCAGAGAACUCACACGGGAGAGAAACCAUACAAAUGUGAUGGAUGUGAUAAAGCUUUCAGUGCAAAGUCAGGCCUAAGAAUACACCAGAGAACCCACACAGGGGAGAAACCAUUCGAAUGUCAUGAAUGUGGGAAAUCUUUUAACUAUAAGUCAAUCCUCAUAGUGCAUCAGAGAACUCACACAGGGGAGAAACCUUUUGAAUGUAAUGAAUGCGGGAAAUCUUUCAGCCAUAUGUCAGGCCUAAGGAAUCACCGAAGAACUCACACAGGGGAAAGACCAUAUAAAUGUGAUGAAUGUGGGAAAGCUUUCAAACUGAAGUCAGGCCUGAGGAAACAUCAUAGAACACACACAGGGGAGAAGCCCUACAAAUGUAAUCAGUGUGGAAAAGCUUUCGGUCAGAAAUCACAACUCAGAGGACAUCAUAGAAUUCACACAGGGGAAAAACCCUAUAAAUGUAAUCAUUGUGGGGAAGCUUUCAGUCAGAAAUCAAACCUCAGAGUACAUCACAGAACUCAUACUGGGGAGAAACCCUAUCAAUGUGAGGAGUGUGGAAAAACAUUCAGGCAGAAAUCAAAUCUCAGAGGGCAUCAGAGAACUCACACUGGGGAGAAGCCCUAUGAAUGUAAUGAAUGUGGAAAAGCUUUCAGUGAGAAGUCAGUCCUAAGAAAACAUCAGCGAACUCACACUGGGGAGAAACCAUAUAAUUGUAGUCAGUGUGGGGAAGCUUUCAGUCAGAAAUCCAAUCUCAGAGUACAUCAGAGAACUCACACAGGGGAGAAACCCUAUAAAUGUGAUAAAUGUGGGAGAACUUUCAGUCAAAAAUCAAGCCUUAGAGAACAUCAGAAAGCCCACCCAGGGGAUUAAAUGUAUGCAUAUAAAGAAUACGAAAAAACUCUGAGCUGGAAAUCAAACCUCACAAUACAUAAAUGAACACACAGGAGAGAACUGUUAACAUAGUGAGCACUGGAAUUUCCUCUACAAUUUCAGCCUCCACCAAAUAUCAAAGAAUAGAAGAUAAAUUGUUGAAAUCUAUUUUAUAUGGGCCUUCUCUCAGCCAGAGCACAGUCUUCUAUGGAUAUACAGAACUCACACAGCAAAGAAACCCUAUAAACAUAACGAAUAUGGAAAAUACUCUUGUGAACUCACUCCUCAGAAAACUCACGCUGCAGAAAAGCUCUGAGAAAGUAAUAAAAAUGUGAAAACUUUGUGCCAACAAUCAAAACUCAUUCACCAUCAGAGAAAUCACACAAUGACAAAAGCUAGAAUAUAAUAAGUGUGUGAUAAACUUUAAUGGAAAGUCAGUACAGCAGAAAAUACAUUCAAGAUAGAGACCUCAUAGUAUAUUAAAACAAACAAGAAAUGAAGUUAAUGGAUGUGGGAAAUUCUUCUGCCAUGUCAACCCUCAUUUUAACCUACACAGAGGUAAUCCCUAUAUGUCAUAUAAUAACUAUUGAAAUGUUCACUAGUAAUCAUUUUCACUUCUCCCUCAUGCCACACCUGGCCUAAAUUUCUCAACCACUCUCUCAUCUAAACGGGGUCAUAUUGUUACCCUCUAGCUAGUGGAAUAUGGGGUCAGUGACAGGUCUUAAAUACAUCAGUCAAAUUCUCAAUAUUUUCUUCUAUCCCUCAUUAGAAUGGAAUGGAGGAAAACCUUGGGACUCAGGCUCUGAUGAUGGAAAGUACAAGAUGGUAGGAACCCGGGUCAGAGAAGGAUCCUGUGGCAUGGAGUUUUCUCCUCCCUGUACACAGUUGGACUUUUUGCAGUGAGGAAAUAAAUGUGUUCUCUGCUGAACUUCUAAA